GAUAAAUAAUUACACAAUCGAAAUUGUUUGACUAGUCCGAGGGCAUUUAUGAUGUGGUCGUCUCCACUUGGAAUCCGUUAGAUGGUUGGAUGUCCAGUAAACCAACGAAGAUUGAAGUUCUGGAACAGAUUGGACCCAUUACAAUCGACGACUUCCUCAUCGUCACAGAUCACAAUGAGACCAAGCAAUUCACCUUCACCUUGGAACGUGCUGGAUCCAAAACUUGCUUUGUGGUCGAGUGGGGUGACGGAUCACCGAAUUCCUACUGGGGAAGUCUCAGCAGUUGUCGCAUUCGAUUUCCUACGGUUCAGCCCGCUCAGAUCUUACCCUUCACUCAAGCUAUCAAUUAUGCUCAUGAAUACACGAAACGGGGUCAAUACGAAGUGCAUGCCUAUGGGUUCGACCAUCGCAACUAUGCCGAGAGCAAACUGGACAUCACCGUGUUUAAAAUGGACUGCUCGAUGCCGCAAAUCUGGAUCACAGACAAUCAUACAACAUUCGACCGUCCCGAAAUUAUUCCCAAGGUCUGGAGAUCCAAAGGAUUCCUCAAACAAGCCAUCUCCUCAAUCAAAUGUAACAAAACCACUCCCACCAGGAUGGCUUGGGAGGCCUUUGAAGUGACCUUAUUUGAUGAUCCAAGUAGUCAAGUGGGAAAAAAGGAGGAACUGACAUGGAUUCCCAUCAACGAGACUAUUUCCAGUUUCAACACGGGUCUUUUGAAUAUUCCGCCUCUAACUUUUGAUUAUGGCCUUCACAAACUCGUCUUUAGAUUCGAGGUGGAGACCUAUGAUCCCACUGUGAAAAUGUUCAAGGAGGCCUUCACUUACUUCAACGUGACCAAAAGUGACCUACAGCCAAUUUUAAUGCCAGGCUCAGUUGCUAGAGUAUCUCGAGGAUGGGGACAAACUCUGUUAUUAACACCACAAUUGCUGUCCAUUGACCCCGAUUUCCCGGACGAAAAAAAUUUCAACUACACUUGGUGGUGCCGCUCUUUGGUUCAAGAUGAGGCUGGAAAAUACACGGAACAAUUUUCCCCUACGGACAACGAAGGAUAUCCGAUCUUUCUGGAAUCUGAAGCAAGGCCAAUCCCACCACCGUCUAAGCCUCGAAUAAUCAACAUCCCAGACGGAUGUUUUGGAGUAGGACCGGGGCCACUGAAGACUCGCUCAGGAACUCUUUCUCUCAACACGGGAUCGUUAACGUCUCCCGCCAGGAUUUAUGAGAUUCUGCUAGUCCUGGAAAAAGACACUCGGAGGGCCAAAGUCAAGAUCGAGUUGGAAAUGCAAUCAGUUCCCGCACCUAUUGUGACCAUUGAGUGUGCCAGCUUGUGCUUUCCCACCUUUUCCGGAGUGUACGUCAAUCCCACGUCCAGGUUGGCGCUACGAGGAAAUUGUGUGGAGGAGUGCGUCAACAACGAGGAGACUUAUCUGUGGACAUUGGCUGCCCAACAAAACAUCACAGACAGCUAUUGUCUCUCCUCUGGGAGUGGAACAACACCUUUGCCCGCCUCUACCACAACCACACCAACUACAACUACAACCACCACCACACAACCUGCGGUGGUUGUGGAACUUUCCACGGUCACUUACACAUCGGACACCACGGUCACUGUAGUGAGUGGGGAUGUGGGCAAUGGCCCUCCUGCGUUUUUAGUGGUCAUGAGCCAGCCUCUGGUUAACGGGGCGAGAAAAAAGAGAUCGGUUCAAGCCUCGCCCAGUCACGGCAAUAUCAUCAAAGACAUCCGAAAAGACGAACUAAAACCAAAUUGUUUUUACACUUACGCCGAUGGGUUGAGAGAUGGUCGAGAUAGCAAGCAAUUGUCAAUUCAACAAAAGUUCUUCGAGCUUCAAAAGGCAGGAUUCAAAGAGUUCGAGCUCACUCUAAAUGUCACAAAUAAAGUGUUUAAUGGUCGACGCUGGGUCAGCGCCUACGGUACCUCGACCAUGAAAGUCAUCAUUAAUUCACCCCCAGUAAAUGGCACUUGUGAUAUCUCAAUCCGGUCGCCCCUACCCGACGGCUCGUAUGUAUGGAUACCAGCUGAAACUGGCAAAGCUUUGGUCGACGAGUUCAAAAUAGCUUGCCGCGGUUGGGUGGAUGCCGAUGGCCAUGUCGUCAAUAAAUACGUCUUCAAAAUUAUCGAGAAGAAGGAGAAUGGGAACGAAACGACCCUGCUCUAUUCAGGACCCACGAAUGAGGCUGUGGUCGUGUUCCCUGUUGGAGAGUUCCAUCUCUAUGCAGAGAUUCACGAGGAAGCUCAGGCUUACGCCUUAUUCGACAUCGACGAGAGACUUCCCAUUAUUUUACCCGAGCAGGACGAGUACGAGGCAUUGAAUUUAGAUGCCUCUAUCAAGAACUUCGCCGUAUUGGGAGAUCAAGCAAGAGUAUCUCAAAUGCUGCUUGCGGAUGCCUCAAUUCGAGAAACGGCGUGUUGGUUCAACAUCCAGUGCAUGCUAAAACAACAAGAUUUGUCUCUGGAAUCAACAGAGAAGGAAAACAUGACAGAUUCCCAAUUGGAUCAAUUCAACGAGUUGAUGAAACUCAUCACAAAUGCCAAUACUGAAGCCAUCCGGUCGGCUCGAGACAAUCUCCAGUUCACCACUAAUGACCAAUUGGCACAAGGAGCAAGUACACUCUCUGCAAUUACUUCCAAUUUGGCAGGAUCUCCAGAACUGUCCAAAACCUUGGACAUGCAAGGUCGGGAAGCAGCAGUGCAAAUGAUUGAGAAAAUGGCACAAGGGUUCAAAAAGAUUGAGCAUACUGAUCCUCCCAAACUGGAAACUUUCUUGUCUGGAGUCACUGGUUCAGUCAUGGCAAUUAUGGAGAGCUUGAAUUCCAUUUUGUACGCCAAUGAUCCAGAUGAAAUCCCAUUGACGGAUUUCGAACGUGCUGCCGAGAUGCCUUACGAUACAAAUAUUCCAGAAGAAAAUGCCGAUAUCCCGGACGAUCCAGAGGACGCUCUUCGAUUCAACGUGAUGCGAUUGACUCGAAUGCAAGCGGUGGAACAAGUCAAGAAGAUGGUGUCCUUGGUUGAUGAUAUUGCCGAGACUGCAAUUGCCAAUAGCGUUGAAGGCGAGGAGCUCAGAACCAAAACACCUAUGGGAGUCCAAAUGAUCAUGUCCAAGCUGUCCGGUCAGCGAACAGUUGGUCGUGACACAAAUGGCGAUGGAAUUCCAGAUCGCAAACUCCGUUUCGAGUUCGACAACUCGAAUUCCGUGGUCCAAUUUCCAUUGGGAUUCUGUCCUGGCAGCCCAAGUACAGGACAUAUCAUGAUGAAGGGAUGCAAUGGUCGAUGGGGUAUUGUCAUUAAGGAAUGGGAAACCAUAACAGCGACCUAUCCGAUAUCGGCCAAGAACUUGAACCCAACCACGAAACAGAUUGACAUCACUGUUUACAACGACAAGGGAGGGUUGGUUGACAUCAGCAAUAUGGCCGUUAACAUAGACAUCAUCAUUGGACGAAUGAAGAAGAAAGGUCCCGAAGCCGUGACAUUUGGAAAGAGGCACCAGGCAUUGGUCAACGUGGCGAAUCGAGUGAAAGCCUUGAAGCGUCGCAACAAGCCUCAACUCAUUUACCAUUAUCUGAAUGUCACCCGACCCUAUUCAACCUUGAAUAUCCAAGUGAAAGUGGACGAUCCUGAAACUUCGAGACUGAUUGUUUUGGGACGAUACCAAUCUCUCCCGACCUUAACCAAAUGCGACUUCAUCAAGCCGUUGAUUGAUGUCACCAAUAAAGAUGAGGGCUUCAUUGAUUGGUUCAUUCCGGCUGAGAGCAUCAACAAUCGUACUGGGAAGUGGUACUUUGGAGUGGCAAGUGUGGCAGAUGUUAAGGGGAAUUUGACCGAGUUGUUUGCCGACCAGACAUGCAACGACUUGAACAUUGGAAAGGAUUGGCUCCAAGACGACUUCAACACAACCACCUACACGCUCCAGACCUACACUUCAGGUUGCUAUUACUUCAACACGUCCAUUGAAGUUUGGGAGUCCAUCGGCGUUACGGUUUACAACGCAUCCAAACUCGAAUCUGGCUGUGGCACGAACCAUUUGUCCUCAUAUGGAUCCGGAUGGUUUCCCGAGGUGAACACUAUCGAUUUCGAGUUCGUGUUUGCCCACGCCAGUUUCGAGGACAAUCUGACCAUCUACAUGCUGCUCAUUAUCACGUUCCUGUUGUACAUCAUUGGCAUGAUUUUUGCAAUCAUCCAGGAUUUGCGGGACGAGAAGAAGUUGCUGGUACCUGUUUUGGCUGAUAACUAUCCGGAAGAUAACUAUCUCUAUGAAAUCGAGGUGGAAACCGGACCCUUGGCUUCGCACGGAACCACAUCCAACAUCUACUUCCUUUUGGAUGGAGACAAGGAUGACACGGGAGCGCGAUGCUUCACGGAUCCCAAUCGAGAGAUUUUCAAAUCCGGAGCCUUAGACCAUUUCAUAUUGGCCACGCCACAAUCGCUUGGAGAACUUAACUACAUGCGUCUGUGGACCGAUAGUACAGGGUUGGGAGACAUGGGAGCUUGGUAUCUCCUCAGUAUCACCGUCACGGAUAUUCAAACUGGAAACAAAUCUCGUUUCAUUGCUGACCAAUGGCUCGCCAUCGAUCGUGGUACAUACGAAGACGAUAUCGCAAUUCACGCGAUUGACGCCGAUUCACAAGAAGAUCCCUAUUAUCUGCUCAAAUCCGUGAGUGCCAAGUCUUUAGCAGAUGAUCACAUCUGGCUCUCGACAUUUUGCCGACCAAUUCGAUCUCGAUUCACGCGGAAGCAACGCGUCAGUGUGUGCAUGGCCAUGCUCUAUUUGACCUUCUUGGCCAAUGCCGUGUGGUACGACACGCAACCAGGGCGGGUCAUGGACCCCUUUUUCGACACUUGGGGUAGACUCACUGUCGAUCCCAUCGAUGUGGGGAUUGGAUUCAUUUCGAAUUUCAUUGUGUUUCCGCCCAUUUUGCUGGCCAUCUAUCUGUUCAAACGUUCACGCCCGUUCAAACUUCGGAAGAAUCGAAUUGACCUUGGAGUUGAAAAAGCCAAUGAAGAGGGGAAAAUUGUCGUACCUGAAAAUGCUCGAAAACGAGUGCGAACGGAAGAGGAAGAAAAGAGAGACACAUCUUGUCCAUCUGUCAUGUUAUUCCUGGGCUGGUUGGUCUGCUUGGUUUGCAUUUUGGGAGGAGCAUUCGUCGUGUUUUCGUUUGGAUUGUCCUUUGGCAACGACAAAGCCUACCAGUGGAUGGUCUCAAUGAUUUCGGCCUUCUUCUUUUCCAUCCUUCUCACUCAGCCACUCAAGAUCAUUCUGAUCACCUUGAUUGUUAGCUUCUUGUACAAACGAUCCCUUUUCAAUGACGAUCAUGCCGAAUGUGAUGAGGAGCCUCCGACCAUCUAUUUCGAUUCUGAAAACAUCCCCGAGACACAAAGACGCGGCAAACCCAAGGGGCAAAAACUCCGCAUGGAAUCCAACUUUUACGAGAAACUCAAGGAAAUGAAGCUUCAAGAGAUGGAAAUGAAGAUUGUGAUUCGCGAUUUGAUCAUCUAUUUCUUCUACGUGGCCAUCAUUUUCAUUAUCAGCUACGGAAAUCGAGAUCCCAGUGCGUAUCUCUCAAAGCAAUCCUUGGAAGCCUCGAUCAUCUUUGGCGGACUCAAUUGUGAUAUCUUCCCCACGGAUGAUCCUCGAUACAAACCAUGCAAGAGUGACGAGAAACAAGAGAGAAAGCUGAACUUCAAUAACAUCCGCGAUGUCAAUGAAUGGUACUUUUGGUUGGAGAACACUCUUCUGCCCAAUGUACGGGUUCAACCAUGGUAUAAUGGGAAACCUCCGUAUGGGCUAAGAGGUUACUUGGACGACCGGGUCAACAGAAUCAUUGGAUAUGCUAUCGUUCGCCAAGUCAGAGAGGAACUCGGAACUUGCAGUCCAUCCAAGAUCAUCCGAGACACCAUCGAAAAAUGUACAGGAGAUGGAGGAUUGACUACAGAAGACGAGCGAGAUUGGUGCCUGGGUUGGGUCCCUUCAACCAGUGACAAUUGCACAAAGUCAGAAGAAUUCGAGUACACAGACUCUUCCGAAUUGCAAUCUGCGUCUCAAUCUGCAGCCAUCCGCACAUAUGGUGGGGGUGGAUAUAUCCUGAGAUUAACCGGCUUCAUCGAGGAGCUCAAUAGCAAAAUCGAGACUUUGAAAACUGAAAAUUGGGUCGACAAUCGGACCAGGGCGUUGAUUGUGGAAUUUUCGGUUUACAACGCUCAGGUCAACAUGUUCGGCAUUGUCACAUGCAUUGCAGAAUUUGUGGGUGGUGGGAUCAGCCCUGAUUAUCGUAUCGACGUAAUCAGACUUUUUACUCAAACCGAAGGUUUCGGCUAUGUCGUUCAAGCCGCCGAGGUCCUCUUCGUGUGUUCGAUCUUUUACUACAUUAUCAAUAUCAUCACAGCCAUUCGGAAAGAAGGUUGCUCCAGCUUCUUCAGCAAUGCCUGGAACAUAGCGGAUGUGAUCACCGUGACCUUGUCGUUGUUCGCUUUGACGUUAUACGUGGCCAAGAAGGUGGUGGUGAUUGAAAUGACCAAAGAGUUUGGCGAGACACGUGGCAACAAGUACAUCCGCCUAACGUAUGCCUCGCUCUUGAAUCAAUAUUAUGAGUACCUCGUGUCCAUGACCGUGUUCACGUCCACCAUCAAGUUCAGCAAACUAUUGAGCUUUCAGAAGGCGUUUAUGCAGAUUGGCGCUACCAUUAAACUUUGUUUCCAAGGAUUGGCCACCUUCAUUGUGGAGUUCAGUAUUGUUUUCGGAGCUUUCUGCUCGUUCUUCUUCUUUGUAUUGAAGAACAAUCUGGAAAACUUCCGCGACUUUAUUCGAACUGUAGAAAACACGAUGGCUAUGAGCAUUGGAAAAUUUAAUUUUGCCGCUCUCAGAGCCGCAGAUGAGAUGGCCGCAUGGAUUUUCUUCGUUUUCUCAAUCGUGGUCAACAUGAUCUUGAUCAACAUGAUGAUGGCCAUCAUUAAUCUGUCGUUCGAAGAGAUUAAAGAGAACGAGGACCAAUAUCGAAACAAGUUCGAGCUCAUCGAUUACAUCAAGCGAACUACUCGAGAAAUGAUCGGGGUUCAAGUGGCCAAACCAAUUGUUCCGAUUUACGCGGAUGGAUCGCAAGAUAUGGACGACGAUGGCGACGAUUCGGAUAACGAAAGAGAUGCCACUGGAAGAACGAGCAAGGAGUUCUCCCAAAAGACCGACAAGCUGCUCGACUACAUUGAAAAAACCUACUUGAACGUCCAUUUGGAUGAUGAGAGCGCUCGAUUGAUUAGCAAGUUCAAGAGCAAAUCCGAUGUCGAAGAGAAGAAGGUCAUGGAUUAUGGAUUUGAUGCCUUGUUCAUGAACGAGUCGAAAAAGGAGAAAAAUAACUGACUUCAUUACGCCCCAGUAGUGUGACUGCUUCGUUUGUUACGUCAGAUUUGAAAGCAUUAAAUUGAUGUGAAUCACA